AACUCUAUAGUUCUAAAACUUGACUUCUCUUCCAAAAUCUACAGUUCUGAUGAAUUGCAGUCCCACACUCGAGUUGGCUCAGCUGUUCUAAUAAGCUGACAUUCAAUAGAAAGCAAGGUUUUUAGGUUUGCGUCACAUUUCAGUUCAAUUUUAUUUAUUUGGUUUUAUAUUUCAGCAGCAGUUGAUACUUUUCUAUAGCCCAGAAGGCAGUUGCUCAAUUCAGAAUCUUUUUUAGCUCCUAAGGUUUCUCAGCUCUGGUCAUGUUUCUAUGGUGACAGACAUUUUAAACACUUUUGAACAAUGGGGUUUGAGUCGUGCGGUAGUUUGCCGUUACAGUCUUGUUCAGGCAGUGGGGAGUAGGGCAUGUCAGAUAAGGUAAGGGCUGUGAAGGAAAAUUAAAUGACCUAAACUCAGAUUUUGCCAUGUUUUUAAUUUGCAUUACUUUUGGAUAAAAGUUCAUGUCAUAGUUGUUCUUUGGACAGGUUUACAGCCACAGGUUACUAUGUGAAGUUUCCAUGUUGAGGUGUACUCUUAUUGAUUGAUUGAGUGAUUGAUGAUUGAAUGAUUGAUUGAUUGUUGGAAUUUAGAAAAAAAUAAGCAAAGAAACCAACCAUUUAUCUUUUGAUUGUUUCAUUUUCCUAAUUGAUUUCCUUUAAUUAAUAUCCAAUUUUAUGCAAUAACAUCUUUUUAAUCAUACUGCAGUUAAUGUCUGAUUGUAGUCUGCUUAUGCAAAGAAUCAAAUACAGAAAUAAUUAGGACAUGUAAGUUACAAUAGUGCUUAAGGUCAUUAAAACAACUUCUUUUCUUUAACCUUUGAAAGGACUUUCUUAGCAGUCUUAAACCCAUGGAAGGAGGUUGUAACUUUGCAACAGAUUCUUCAGAAAAACAUCUUGCUAAUGCAUGUUACCGAAAAUUGGACUUUGAAGAAGUACUUGCUAAAGGUUUAGUAAAGACUCAACAAGAAGCCUUCGCUGGUGAGAUUAACUUAAAAUCAUCAGAUGAAUUACUCUCUGAGAGACUGGCUGGCUGGGUUAAGGGCCCCUGUGAUGACUCUCAGCAUGGUCCAAAGGAUAAACUGUCAGUUAAAUACACAAAUGAAUCUCACACUUUGACCCAAAAUGACAGAAAUGUAUAUCACUGUUUAGAUGAACAAACGAUUGAAUUGUUGCAAGGUAUUUUAACCACAACAAAACUGAAGAAAGAUGUUGGAAUAUGUACUCUGGGGCCCAAUGCACUGGCAGCAGUGUCACUACAUGCAAGUCCUGACAGAAAUCUUGACCUGGAGAACUUCAAGGUGGACUUCAAUCCCACCAAAACCUUUCACCUACCACACAGUCGCAGUGUUCAUACAAAUGUCAAGAGUGCUGUGGUUAAAGUAACCCGAAAACCUUCCUCACAGGCUACUUCAACCACUAAAUCAAUGGAAAAGGACAGUGUCCGAGGUGAUUGGAGUCCAUCAUUUAAAGGAAAGCAGCUUGACUUUUUUGAAUCCUUGAAAGAGAAGCUUCAACAGAAAGAUCUGGAAAAUCAACAGAUUGUUCGGUUACUGCUGAAGAAGCAUCAAGAUCUGAGGGAUGUUAAAGAAAUGUUGAAGCUAAAGGAAGUGGAGGCCCAGCUCAUGGCCGAAAAGCUGAAAUGUGAGGAGCAGAAGAAUUUUGAGGUCAUGAAGAGAUUUAACAAUGUUUGUGAGGAUAUGAACAAGAAACUAUCCAUAGCUAAAAACCACAAUGAAAGCUUUGCCAAGCAACUCAAAGCCCUACUGGAGAAAUACGAGCGCCUCAAAAAACGUGCCAAUACUAUUAAGGAGCAACUUCUUGAAGAACAUACCAAGAAAAAGAGCUCACAAAAAACUGUAAAGAAGAUACAAAAGAUGGCUGAAGAACUAUUAAUGAAUCAAACUCUUCUAGAAAAACAGAAGGAUGCAGCAACAAGAGAACUUAAUGCGUCCAAGAAGAAAAUGGAAAAGGAACAGAAGCAGCACAUUAGGAUUGUACACCGAGUUGAAGAGGAGAAAUCAGUCAUUGCAGCUGAGUAUGAGGCCCUUAUAGAUGAGCUACAAAAGACUCAGAAGGAGAACAAGAAGCUCACAGAAGCGGUUCAAUCCAAAGAGUUGGGAAAGAGGAGAGCUGAGGAAAAUCUGCUGGAAUCUCAAAAUGUGGUAAAACAACUGUAUGCAGAACUGGAUGAGAGUAAAACCCAAAGAGAAUCCAUGUCUCAACAAUUAGACGCCAUGAAAAAAGAAAUAAAACUAAUUCACAACAGACAUAAAGUGGAGAGACUUCAGUUACAGGAGCAAAAACAGACCUGUAUGAAACAGUGUGAAGAUCUCAGAACAGAGUGUGACGCCUUAAAUGAAGUAGUGUCGAAACUUAAAAAGGACAAGCACAUGCUUAAAGAGGAGCUGGAAUGCCACCAAAAAGAAAAAGCAAAGUCUGAGACAGCUAGUAAACGGGAGGGAGAGAGACUGAGAGAGGCUGUGAGUCUUCUGGAGAGGGAGAGAGAGCUUCUUCUGGAUGAAAUGAGAGACUUGAGGAAGGAUUACUUCAGCCUGAGUGAUCGCAUCACACAGAGGCUUGGACAACUGGACCAGGCUGAUGCUCCUAUGUGCAUCACAGACAUAUCAUCAUUUCAUCAUUGCAGAGCACCCAAAGUGGACAACACAAUUGUCCCAGUCACACCCAGUAUGGACGUGAUAGAGCACAUCAGGAGGAAACUAGAGGAAGAGGAAAACAUCCAGCAGAAAUGAAAUCAAAGCAUGUGUAUACAGUUUCUACAGCCUGUGCUGCAGUAAUGCCAGAAAUUAGUCCUUUUAAGUGUUCACUCACCAUUUUU